UUCAGUUCAGAAGUGACCACAGGUUUUCCUAAGAGUUUGCUUUGUGUGUUGCUGCGAGAAGUAAACAUGGUCAGCAGGUUUGAACACCCAGCUGGUGGUUACAGGAAGAUUUUUGAGACCUGUGAGGAGUUGGCAGAGCCUCUGCCAGCAACUGUCACAGGUAGGAUUCCUCCAUUUCUGAAGGGAAGUCUUCUCCGUUUGGGACCUGGACUUUUUGAGGUUGGAGAUGAACCCUUCUACCACCUCUUUGAUGGGCAGGCCCUCAUGCAUAAAUUUGACUUCAAGAAUGGCCAGGUCACCUACUACAGGAAGUUUGUCAGGACAGAUGCAUAUGUGCGAGCGAUUACAGAGAAGCGCGUGGUAAUCACUGAGUUUGGCACUUUUGCAUACCCAGAUCCUUGCAAAAAUAUUUUCUCCAGGUUUUUCUCCUACUUCAAGGGAGUUGAGGUCACAGACAACUGUUUGGUGAAUGUCUACCCUAUUGGGGAGGAUUUCUAUGCUGUAACAGAAACUAACUUCAUCACUAAAGUGAACACUGAUACGUUGGAGACACUGAAAAAGGUUGACAUGUGCAACUUUGUCAACAUUAACGGAGUAACAGCCCACCCUCAUAUUGAGAGAGAUGGUACCGUAUACAACAUUGGAAACUGCAUGGGAAAAGGUGCAACACUGGCCUACAACAUUGUCAGGAUCCCUCCCACACAGAAAGAUAAGUCUGAUCCCAUUGAGAAGUCAAAGGUGGUGGUGCAGUUCCCCAGUGCAGAGAGGUUCAAGCCCUCUUAUGUGCAUAGCUUUGGCAUGUCAGAGAACUACUUUGUCUUUGUGGAGACUCCUGUGAAAAUCAACCUGCUGAAGUUUCUGAGUGCCUGGAGUAUCCGAGGUUCCAACUACAUGGACUGCUUUGAGUCCAAUGAGAGCCAAGGAACCAAUUUCCACAUUGCCAAGAAAGAGCCAGGAGAGUACGUUGAUCUCAAGUUUAAAGGUGCACCCAUUGGCAUGUUUCACCACAUCAACACCUAUGAGGACCAAGGAUUCAUUGUUGUUGACCUCUGUGCAUGGAAAGGUUUUGAGUUUGUUUAUAACUAUCUCUGGCUGGCCAAUCUGAGAGCCAACUGGGAGGAGGUGAAGAAGGCAGCAAUGAUGGCUCCACAGCCAGAAGUUCGGAGAUAUGUCAUCCCCCUGGAUGUCCAUAAGGAGGAGCAGGGGAAGAAUCUUGUGAGCCUGCCAUACACUACAGCUACAGCUGUGAUGCAUUCUGAUGGGAUGGUCUUUCUGGAGCCUGAGGUGCUGUUCUCUGGACCUCGCCAAGCCUUUGAGUUUCCACAGAUUAACUACGAGAGGUAUGCAGGGAAGAAUUACACAUAUGCCUACGGCCUGGGUCUCAACCAUUUCAUACCAGACAGGAUCUGCAAGUUGAAUGUGAAGACCAAGGAGACCUGGGUAUGGCAAGAGCCGGACUCCUACCCCUCAGAGCCUCUGUUUGUGCAGACUCCUGAUGGAGUAGAUGAGGACGAUGGAGUGCUGCUUACAAUCGUAGUGGCUCCUGGUUCCCAGAGACCAGGAUACCUCCUCAUCCUUAAUGCUAAGGACCUGUCUGAGAUUGCCAGGGCAGAAGUGGAGUGCAGCAUUCCUGUCACCUUUCAUGGGAUGUACAAACCCUAAUGGUCCAUUCCAGUUUAUCAAGUGACAAUACGUAUUAAAAUGAUGAGAAAUAAAGAUGAAAAACUAUAAGUAUGCCAAAAAACAAAGGUUUUUUGAGAUAAUUAUUAUUUGUUAAGUGCCUUCUGAGCUAUAUUAUAAUGGGUUU